GGAAUAGGAAACCGGUUGUAUUUACUACGCAUAGAAAGUCAUUAUUUAUUCAUAGACAUAUGACAUUUUCUCUAGAUAGUAAUUUUCUUAAACGUUUUGCCGUAACUUUCUCUAUCCCUUGAUAUUUUAUUAUCUAUUUCUGUAAGUUAUGAACCUCCAGUAACACUACCCCUCAUUGUUAAAUAAAUUUUCGUCGAGUCAACAUGAAAGCACUUCCCUAUAGUUUCAUGAUACUCGAGUACUUCGGCGGAUGGAAACCACUCAAGUGGAACACAAGUAUAAAAGGAAAGUUAUAUGAUAUGUAUGCAUUGACAAUCACCUUAACAAUGGUCACUUUUUGCAUGUCUUGUGUUAUAGAAUUAUUUCAUACAGAAAAUUUUGAAGAUAUUGUUCAAAAUAUGUCAAUGUCAUUAUCAUUUAUAGUCAGCUGUUCGAAACUGAUUCUUUUUAAUGUGAAGCGUAAUGAAAUAAUAAAUGUCUUACAAUUAUUGGUCGUGAAUAUUUGCAGAGUCAGAUCUGCUGAAGAAGCCCACAUACAAUUGAAGUACGCUAAAAAAGAAGAAAAUCUCGUGAAAAAGUUUGGAGGUAUGGUGUGUAUUGCAGUAUUUGCUAUAAACGGUGCGUCAAUAUUCAAUGAUAUUCCAACAAAAACUCUUCUGAUCAGUGGCUGGUUCCCUUAUCGCCAUACCAACAGUACUGGAUUUUGGGUCGCAUAUUCACAUCAAAUAAUCGUAUUUUCUGUUGCCCCUAUGAUUUUAUUCUCGUUUGACUGCGCUGUUUUCGGUGUCUUCUUACGAAAUUGUUGUCAAUUGGAAAUUUUGAAAAAUCGACUAGAGAAUUUCGUGGAAAUAAUUAAUGGAGAGAAACUAAAUAACAAAAGUAAUGGAUCGGUUCUCACAAUAAGAGAGCGUGAACGUAAUUUUAUUAAGCAAUGCAUUCAUCAUCACUGGAUUAUUUUACAGUUUUCCCAACAAUCCAAUGAGUUAUUUGCCCUGGUAAUAUUUAUGCAAUACUCAUCUAGUUCUUUGGUGCUUUGCCUGAGCGUUCAAUCAUCAACAAAGCUUGUCUUCAUGAGUCCUGAGUUCGUAUCUAUGAUUCUCUAUCUUGGAUGUAUGUUAUCGGAAAUAUUUCUAUUCUGUUGGUAUGGCAAUGAAGUAACACGAGAGAGUUCAGGGAUACAUUUUGCAAUAUACAAUAUGGAUUGGCAAGUUUUGACAACUAGAAGUCAAAAAGAUUUGUUGAUAAUGAAAACCCGGGCUAGUUUACCAAUUAGAUUUACCAGCGGUUACUUAAUUGAACUUUCAUUGGAUUCAUUCACUAAACUCAUUAAAUUUUCUUACUCUGCAUUCAAUCUUCUCCAUCAAAAGUAAUUUAAAUGAGAAAUUAUAUAUCAGUAGUGACUCUUCGUCAAUAUACCUCGCAAGAAAACUAAUAAAUCAAAAGAUGGACCUAACUCUUUCAUCAAUUUAUAAACCACCACGACGAAAUCUAAUGAAAUUGUAAAAAAAAACAAAAACAUGUAAUCCGACAGAAACUCUAUGUAAUUUUACAUUUUGUUACUCAAUUCAAGAUCUUAUAAUAAAA